AAUAAAGUUAACUUAGUUUAGGUUUCCUAAUAUAGUGAAACUCGAUCAAUAGGAGAUGAUACUUACUGGACCUCUAUAGAAAGAACAGUUUAGAACUGAUAGAGCUAUCCAGUAUAAAUAAAAUUAGUUUAGGUCAGCCUUCUGUAGCAGGCACACAAAAGGAAAUAUUUAGAGAGCCCGCUAUAGCCUAUAUAUUUAUUUCAUAUAUAAAUAAAGAAAUUUCAACUCGGUGUUUUUAUCUGACUCAGAGAAACACCGUCGAUUAACCAAUAUGGUGAAUAUAGGAAUUUCUAUACGGAGAGAAGCCUAAAGACUGAUAGUCUGAUAUUGUGCUAAAAUCUUCAGUGCAGGUGCAAUAAGUAAUCGCACUUGUUCAAAACAGACCUCCACGGAGAACCGUUCAUAGUUACUCAAUUUGUUUACUUUGUGGUCUCUUCGGGAAAGCAGUGCAGAUUUAUAGGAAUUAUGCGCAAAUAUUAUAACAUAGAUGGCAUCAUGUACACCCAAUAACGAUUAUGUUAUAGCUCUGCUGUACUUGUGACUUUAUUGAGUUUUCCAUGGAGGGGGUAAGGUUUUUUCAAUGAAUGUUCCAUAUGUGUUAAGAACAUUGGAAAUAAGUACUAUAGUUGUGCAUGUCGCUAUAUUGCUAUAUCUACACUCUUGAAGGGCUAAUGAUCAUUGUACUAUAAUACUAGGGAGGGUCUGUGUAGCACUCUAUGUCAUAUGUCAAUACACAAGUGGCUGCAAAGAAUUUACUAGAACUUUACCCACAAUUAAGGCAGUGUGUCUGAUUGGGGCAGCUCAUUACAAUAAAUAUAUUAUUCACAACUCGAGAGUCCUGCCAACUCAAUUAUAGUCAAUUGGCUAAGAUGUAAAGCACAACAUAAUAGAGUGAUGCUAGUUAGCUUAAACAAUUCAGAACGUCUAAGUGCAGUACAGACGCUGUAACCCUUCGCACAAACCCAAGUUUCUGAGAACUAAGUUUCUUACAGUACUUUCAGUUUGGGCUAAGUUGUUGGAAGAUGUCAAGGUACUUCAGUUAUAUCGCUAUGACGAAAUCAGAGAUGCAAUGGGAGAGAAACUUCGACGAAGAGCGAGCUAGCAGCAUCGCCAGGCGUUUUGCCAUCGAGGAUUUUGCUUUAAAAUAUCGCACGUCAUUAAGAACCGCCGAAGAACUGCUCACGUCAGGAAUGACUGUGGAAAGACACGCUGACGAAUCCAAAGGCCCCAAAUCCCCGGAUAUAAUCGAGAUCGAUGAUACGUCGAACGAAACAAAACUCGAGAGUCAUGAAGAUAUGGAGGUUGAUGUGGAGCGACUAGAUACAGACCAUGAACUCGUUUAUCGUGAGCGUGAGAAUGAUCGUAAACAAGCAACAAAGAUUCCACCGUUCGGUUAUCAUCGUAGCCGGCAGUUUUCCCCGCGUUCAAGGAAAGUAUUUGUGUUUUCCAGUAAGCCAACGAGUCCCACGGAUACAUUCAACAGCCAUAGCUACCCAAGUCCGCGGUUUAGCUCUCAAACGUGGCCGUAUUGCGCAACCUACCCGCACCUCGCCCGCGAAACCAGUUUCGCCCGCAGUUAUCCCCUCCUUUACAACAUGACUGGGUCAAAAACCCUACCAAGGCAUGUUCCUAUUGAAUUACUAAGAAAUUACUACAGCGGUGGACAGACAGUCGAUGAAAAGCGCAAGCCGAAAGAAGCACCACAUGAAACAUCCCAGGAAGAAUUGUCUCGUAUACAAAAACCCCGAAUGCUCACACUCCAAGCAGAAAGAUCCAGACGAUUUGCACCACCCCGGCGAUUUUCACCAUCGGAAGAACGACCCCGCGCUUCUGCACCUCCAGAGGAAAGCCCUCGAAUUUUUAUACCAUCACAAGCAGGCCCUCGGGUAUUUUUGCCCAAGGAAGAAAGAGCCACACCGAGGACCUUCGAAGAAGAAAAUGCACGUUGGUCCAAAAUGUCGGACGAAAAAUCCGAAACAUUCUCGUCAAAUGGCGUAAGAUUUGAGAGACUAUACGAGAAACGACCCCGUAGUUAUACACCACCCAGUGUAAAAGAGGAACUAAAGCAAAGCCUUUUGAAGCCACGAAGGCAUAGCGAUGACACUGUUAGUAAUGUCAAUCGUCCAAGCGUACUCGUAAUGCAAAGAUCACUCAGCAAUCCGAUAACUACCUGUCACGACCAUGGCGAAGAUCACUGUGAACCAUGCUCUUGGACCGAAGAAAAUCAGCUCACCGAUUCUGACUCUUCGGCCACACCCCCCUUGGCACAGGAAGGAUCGUUAUCCAGUGGUGACAGCAGUAAAGAAGACAAACCGCAUAAAUGUCAGAUCUGUGGCCGAGCUUUCAGAAAGCACAGCGCCCUCGUUAUUCACCACAGAGUGCACAGCGGCGAGAAACCAUACCGCUGUCCAGAGUGCUCGAAAAACUUCUCGAUAUCCGGCAAUCUAAGACGUCAUUUUCUAAUUCACACAGGAGAACGGCCUUACGUUUGCCCUGAAUGCUCGAGAGCGUUCAAUAACCCCAGCCAUUUGACAAGACACAGAAGAAAGCUGCAUGCCGACUUUCGUCGGGACCAGUUGGCGGGAAAGUAAACAAGUGAUCGGAGAUAUUCGCAAACAAUCGGAAGAAACUUCGUAAUGUCAUCGGAUAAACAUCGUGGAAGGUUCGUAAACAGCGCUCCCAAGAACAAAGUUGCUGACGAUUUGAAACGCAUCGCACAUUAGCAAAGUAUUCAACACUUAUUAAACAUCAUUUAGUGAACAAUAGCUAAACUUAGCUUAGGACAAACAAUUUUGAAAGAAUAGUGAAUGUGCAUGUCAUAGACAUUUGUUAUAAAUUUCUAGAUCACAGAUAUGUUUAUAGGCAUAGCCAUGCAAUAAGCAGCAUUAAUUUCGUUCAUUUGUAAUAAGUUAAGUUGUACAUAACGCAUAUAUUCAUAUCUAAAACGCUAGGUGGAACAUUUGAGAAAUGAAUGAUACAAUAUAAAUCACGUUACAUACAGUCAUCACCUGAAUAUGGUAUAACCAAUAUGACGACAACGCAAAAAAUGUUAUUGUGUAUAGAGCGGCAGAAAUUAGUAUCAGUUAACUUAUUUUAUAUUAAAUUAUUUCAAACUGUUAUUUCAAUUUGUUAUUUUUCCUUUUAUGUUCGUACUUUCACAUUUUCUCAUUUCUCCUUUCUUUUUUCCUUAAAUAAGUUCGGGGUAUUUAUAAUCUUAAUCUUCAUACUCUCGCCCUCCGCCCACUCCUCUUAUCCCUUCCUCUCACCCCUCUCUUAUUUUUCUCACCACAAUCCCACCAUUCAUCCUUCUUCACUAUCCCAUUCCUUCCUUCACGAUUCCUCUGUUAUCAUUCCUUCCUACCCCCACCACACCACACCACACCACACCACACCACACCACACCACACC